GUUUUGAGAAUCUUCCAUCGGCUGAAUGCACACGUAAUAGAAAGUCUACAUUUGUCAGAAAGUCUUACAAAGAGAUGAUAAAUCAGGGUCUUGCAACACCUUCAAAGUCGUAUGUCAUCAAAAAAGCAAAAACAUCAAUCUCUACACAAAUGGAGGUUAAGAAAGAAAUGAAGAAAUGGAAGAAAGACAAAAAGUCAAAAAACACAACCCCAGACAAACCCUUCAAAAAGUUUAAAAUUAGACUGACUGAUGAUGGCAAGGUGGGCAAAAUUGUUCACAACAGGGGCAGGCCCCCAAAAUUCCAAUCAUCAGAUUCUAUCGACUUAGAUAAAUCUUUAGUGACUGAUGAAAAAGAAGAUGAGAGAUUUUCUGAGAAAGGAAAGAAGAAAGUAAAAGAAAGAGACAAAUUUUCAGCAGUGGGAAAAGCUAAGCAAUUACUACAGAAAGCUAGGACUUGUAAAAAAGAUAAAGUAUCUCCAGAGCAGACAACGAAGAAGAAAGUUCACGUAAGAAAACAGUUUGUGUUGCCUGUGCAGAGUUCCAGGUCAUCUCGUAUGAUCAUUCCCAACAAGAGAUUCAUUGAAGAAGACAAUGAAAACUCAGCGGGAGUUGUGGCCAAGCGUCCUGUCAUUAGAGUGGAUGAGGGAGCAAAACCAACAGGGCUAAAUUUGCUUGCAGAAUCUGGUUUAUUUGCCAAUUCAUCUACUAAACUUCAGAUUGAAACGGAAAAGCUGCCAUCAUUACCAAUGUCCAGUAUAUCUCCAUCUGGAAUUGUGAAGCCAAAGUUUGAGGCUUUGACAGGAAUCGGUGGAUUCCAGUCACCUUUGUACGAUCAGCCACUGAUCGUUGAAGGGAAGCGAGCCAGAAAGCCAAGCUUAAAGGUUCGAAUGAAAUUGUCUGAUACUUCGUAUAAAAAGUUCAAGGAGAGGUCAAUAGAGAAGAAGUUAGAAGCACGCAAAAUUAUUGAACAAGAGAAAGUGAAACAGAAAGAUCAAGACGAUGUAGUAGAAGGGAAAAAGUUGUUUUUAUCGCCUUCCAAACUGAGUGCCACAUUAACAUCAAAGAUACCCACAUUACCAAUUAUGGCACCACCAAAGUUUGGAGUUGCACCAUUUACAUCCAUGUCUGAACGAGAACGACUGGAGAAACUAGAACGAGAAGCCUUAGUGACACGCAUGAGAGGACACAACAUUUUGCGCAAAGCCAAAUUUCAGCUAAAUCGAGCAGCAUUGAAUAGAUCGAAAGCUGACUUGGCCAGGACAUUGAAAAAAGAAUUAAAAAUGGAAGCCAAAUUACAGAAAAUACAAGAAAGUCAGAAAAAUAAGUUAACGCUCACUGCCUCAGGGGUUAGGGUGGAUCAAGCUGUUGGGGGUAUGUUUUGGGUGAAAGAUGAUAGCUCUCCAAGUAAAUAUCACUGCAGCAUAUGUGAAAGAGGGAUGACUGCUCCAAGGCGAAGAAGUGGUGUACUGACUUGUGAAAGCUGUCGAAAAUUUUUCCAAAUAUACAAUGACAGAAUAGCACAGAACAAAUCUGCUGUGUUGUGUAAAACUGGAUCUUGCAAAAUUUUUUAUAAAGAGAGGCCAUUAUGCCAAGACUGUCGCUACAACAAAUGUUUAAAACUCUUCAAUUUGGAGGACCAGAGAACCAGUGCUAGUGCUGACCAAAAUUCACAGUCUGGUGGCUUUUCAAAGGAGAUCAGUGUUACAAUUCCACAAAUUAUAGUGUCUUCUGCUUCUCCAAUGAGUUCACCCAUAGAUUCUAUGAAAUCUCAUUUGGCGUUGUUAUCACCAAUGGCAACCAGCUCUCCUCCAGCCAGUACAACAACCAGUAACCCAGACACAGAUGAUUCCCCCAAAUCUGAUGGGAGGGGUCCCAGAAUCAAGCAUGUAUGCCGAAAGGCAGCUGUGGUACUGGGAAAGCCUGUGGCUAAAUUUCCCAAAUCCCCUGAAAUAACUCUUAGUGCAUUGCCCAGUGGGGAAAAAGUGAAAUUAUGGAAAAAGGAUCAGGAGGAAAAAAAAGAAUUAUCAGAUGAUGAAAUGCCAAUAGAGGACAUCAUACAGCAAUCAGAGGUCAACAUUCAGUCAGUUAAGAGGUCACCAGUUCGUUCACCCUUAAGAGUUCAUCGGGGUGGUCGCUAUGGAAAACGGAAGAUCCGCUGCAAGAAAUGUGAGGGCUGUACCUCGGAAGAUUGUGGUGUUUGCAAUUAUUGUCUUGAUAAGCCAAAGUUUGGAGGGAGAGGAGUCAUGAAACAAGCGUGCAUAAAAAGGCGAUGUAAAUAUCCUCGCUAUAGUCGUUUGGCUCCUAGUGCUUUAUUAAGGGCCAGGGAUUCAGACAAUCAAAGUACGGGGUCAUCCGCCAGUCCUUUUAAGGAUGAAUUUUCACCAAGUCUUUCUCAGCAAGGACCAUCUCAGGAGGCACAAAAUGAUGCAGCUAUGGUAGUAUCUAAUAGGACUUCAUCUCUCAGUGUUAUCCAAAGAAUGGCAUUACAAGGAAAUACACUUCGUAAUGAAUCCAGACUCAAUACGGAAAAAUCUUUGGCACCAAAGAGACCAUUCUCUGAAGUCCUCACCCCUGAGGAUGUCAGUAGGAGGCUUUGGCAGGAAUUUGGAUAUGCGCCACAGCGCUCUUUCCCCAAAUUUCAGGUGUCCAAUGAAGAAAGCACACAGUCACUGAAUUCCACUCAACCUAAGAGAUUGAUUACAAAGUUUCGGGGAUCUGAUGGUAGAUCUGACAGCAUGAUUAUGCACUCUGUGACAUCAGCUAGAGGAGGUUGGUCAGCCCAGGGAAUGGAGCAACACAGAAUCAAAGCAGAAUACAGGGAGACUUUUGAGUUGGCCAGUGUUUGGUACACGGGGGUCUCAUUAACUGUUUCUGGCCCUAUGUGUGUUCGCACCAUCUGCUUUUUGUGUGGAAGUGCAGGGAAACAUGAGAUGAUGUACUGCAAUGUGUGUUGUGAACCAUUCCAUGAGUUUUGUUUGGAGGAGGAAGAGAGGCCUCGUGAAAUAAAUCCAGAUAACUGGUGCUGCAAGAGAUGUCAAUGCUGUAAUGUUUGUGGCCGCCAGAACAAUCUUUUACAGUGCGAUAAAUGUCAGAAUACCUAUCAUCCUGAGUGUUUAGGUCCAAAUUAUCCAACGAAACCUUCUAAGAAGAAAAAUGUCUGGAUUUGUACAAAGUGUGUGAAGUGCAAGAGUUGUGGAGCCACAACACCAGGUGCAGGGUCUACAGCCACUUGGACAUACGACUUUCAGCUUUGUUAUGAAUGUGGCCAGCUGAUGGACAAAGGAAAUUACUGCCCCAUUUGUCACAAGUGUUACACAGAUGAUGACUGGGAUAGCAAGAUGGUACAAUGUGUGUCUUGCGAGAGCUGGGUCCAUGCCAAGUGUGAAGGACUUUCAGAUGAUAUGUAUGAACGUGUCUCUUUCCUCCCAGAAGAUGUACACUAUGUCUGUAAAAUCUGCUCUCCAAAAGGACUCAGACACUGGGAAUUGGUUUUGAAAGACUCGUUUUUGGAUGGUCUGAAAUCUGUCUUCAACACAGUGACUCAGGCCAAGUGUGCUCAGCACCUGCUACACAUUGACGAAAAGAAAGCAAAAGAACUGGAAGAGAAACUUAAUGAGCAGAAAUAUGGAGAUGUAUUGAAAACAACCAUGGAGUUGGAGAAGAGUCUUGAAAACUUUGUGACCUCUUUGGAAAAAGUUCUUAAAAGUAAAAGCAAAACAGUCGGAAUUGAUCAACAUUCUGAUGAGAAGAGUACAAGGAAAGGAACAAGCGUAGUUGAUCUGGUGGAUGGAAGUGAAAAGGAUGAGAAAUCUCAAGCUGAUAAGGAUGACAGUUUGAUUAUGUUUGAAGGUGAUGAGGACUUGGAUGAAACAAAAUCAUUUGUAAAUGAGGAACAUCAAUCUGAUGUUGAAAUGACAGAGAUAUUAAAUGAUGGGGAUACAAUCUCAAUAGCUGAUGGAGAGACACUAUCUGCAGUAACUACACCUGGUGUUUCAGGGAUUGUCACUCCUGCCUCUAGUGCUGGAUCUCCAAAAGUACACUCGCAGGAGUCAGGGGCUGUAUCUCCACCUCCGACUGAGAUCUCUGAAUACUCGCAGGAGCCAGGGGCUGUGUCUCCACCUCCGACUGAGAUCUCUGAAUACUCGAAGGAGCGAGGGGCUGUGUCUCCACCUCCGACUGAGAUCUCUGAAUACUCACAGGAGCCAGGGGCUGUGUCUCCACCUCCGACUGAGAUCUCUGAAGACCUGUCACAGAGGCUGGGAGAUGUUGAGGCAGCUCCAAAAGGGGAAACUAUGGAGAAUAACUCUAACACACCUAUGCUUCUUGCUGAGGAAAAAGAUGAAGUAGAUGGUUCCAAGAGAGAAUUGUCUUUGGAAAUCACGGGUAAUCUAGACAAUCAACUGAAAAAACAGUCAGAGGAAUCUCAAUCAAAUGUCUGUGAUACUGACAAUUCUGCUACCUGUCCGAAAUUAGCAACAGAAGACGUAAACACCAACUUACUGGACAAAGAAAUUAAACGGGAACAAAUAGAGGAAAGUUUGCUAGCAACACCUACUAAUGUGCAACAUACUAUAAAUAAAUCUGAUGAAGUGGUGGACUUGACUGUUGAGAAAAGUGUGUCUUUUCUGCUGUCCACUCCAACGAAAGGUUUGAUUACACCCCAAAAGUCUCCAUCAGUACGAAAGACAGACAACCGAUUCCUACCAGGAUUCAUCAGACCAUAUCCAAAAGACUUCAAUGCAGUGAAAAUUAAGCUAAUCAAUGAAGAGUAUUCCUCAGUGGAUGAAUUUAGUGAGGACAUGGCUCACAUCAUUAACCUAGCAUUGAAUGACCCAGACGAGGUUAAACUGGUGAGGAAAAAAGCCACAAAUUCUGUGCGCUCCAUGUUUGUAAAGCAAAUGGAAAAAUGUUUCCCAUGGUUCAAUGUUAAGAUUUGUCAAAUCUGGGAUAAAAAUCAAAAUUUUCCAUCAAGAAUGUUACCAGAUGCAGUGUUGCCUCCCUUUGAGGACCACACAUAUGCCCAAUGGUUAGAGAGGGAAGAACUUCACAAGUCCCCACAACCGUCACCAUUCAAAAGAGUAGGGAACACUCCCAUCAAGAAAAUUGUACCACUUCCUGUUGAUGAAGAUGCAGAAAAAGUCUUGUCCUGUGAUAUAGAGGAUUCGGGUGAAGAUAUCAGACGAUGUAUUCUGUGCUGGCACUAUGGAGAUUCUGAUCCAAACGAUGCAGGUCGUCUGCUGUAUGUCGGUCAGGAUGACUGGGUACAUGUGAACUGUGCCUUGUGGUCGGCAGAGGUGUAUGAGGAAGAGCAUGAUGGCACCCUCCAGAAUGUGCAGACUGCCUUGUCCAGAGGAAGAGUCAUGCGUUGUGACUGCUGCCAGCGGGCUGGAGCUACAGUAGGCUGUUGUACCAGAGGCUGUCCUGCCAACUACCACUUCAUGUGUGCCCGACAAGAACACUGCCUUUUUCAGGAAGACAAAAAAGUCUUCUGUCCCCAACACAGAGAGAAGGUAGAUGGAGAGUUGGUAGCUAAAGAGAAAUUUGCAGUCAACAGAAGAGUAUGUGUGUCCAUGGAAGAUCUCAAAUUCAACAAAAAGACCUGGUCUAAAGGCCUUGAUCCAUCCACUAUUAGUGUUAUUAUUGGAUCUUGUACUAUAGAAGAAUUAGGAAGACUGACACCAAACUCAGACACUAAAGAUCUACUUUUGCCAUUUGAAUUCAGUUGUACUCGAGUAUUUUGGAGCACACAAGAUAUGAGAAAGCGAUGUGUUUACACCUGUCGGAUUGUGGAAGUGAAGCCAGACAGUCCCAAAAGUGUGUCCAUGGUGAUCAAGGACACCACCAUUAUACACGAUGAAACUCAUCCAGAUUAUGUGCCUCUGUCUCAAAUUAACAUCCCAGGAAUUAAUCUUUUCCCACAGACCAGGUCAAGAAGAGACAGUCUAGAGAUAAGUCAUCACAGUAGUGAAUCAGGGCUCUCUAAUAAGAGUUUUGAUACCUCUGGUGACUGCAAAAUACUGAAUAGCUCUCUGAAUUCUAGUCAGAGUGUUAGGUCUUUUCACAUCGGAAAUGAAUCUUUGAGUUCAUCGUGGCCAGUGGUGAAGAAGAGGAAGAAAAGUGAUGCAAGUGUUAAUCUUGAUGUUCUUUCACCAAAUACUUUAAAACUUCUAAAUUUAAAGGAUCCUGGAAAAUUCCAACAGUUGGCUAAACCAUGCAAAGAAAACAAAGAAGACUUUGGAACUCUGAUCAAAAUUGCAGAUAGAUUAAAUUUAGCUGCCGGAGGAAAGAGUGAUAAGGCUUUGAAAUUUCCUCGAAGGGAGCGUUCAAGGUCUGCAGAUUAUCUGUUAUCCCCACCACCUGUUCGAUUCUCACCAUCCUUUAGAUCUGAAGGACAUCAGAGUGCUGGAAACUCCAACUCCAACUCCAGAGCAAAUUCAGAGGAGAGAACAUUCUCUCCGAUACCUACUAUGUCCUUGCAAAAACAAUUGAUCAUGAACAAAGAAGUGACCACUGCAAAGCCACUCAUUGAUAAUAACUGUAAUUCUCAGGUAACAGAUUUUAAUGAAGCAGAUGUUUCAAUGGAAAGUGUGGAGGAUAAACUUUCACAAGGUCAAGAUGUUAGUCUGGAGCCUAUUAAUGAAGAAAUUCCUGAAGGGAAUCUUACCAAUGAAACCUACAUUGUUUUACCAGAGGGCUGUUCUGAACUUUCAGAAGAAGAUAUGCAGAUGAUAGCAGAGGCUAUAGAAAGAAGCCGAUCUGAACAAGGCACUGACGAAAGCAUGAUUUCUGUGGCGUCUACAGAGAAACCUGGUGGUGAAGUCGGGGGAAAAGAAUCUGACACAUGUACACCAUCAUCAACUGAAACGGGUUUGUCCUCAAAAGAAGCCCAGGAAAAUUUGUUAUGCACAGACAAUAGUGAGAAAGUAGUGAGUGAUAUGCCUGAAAGUUUACAAAUUGAUAUGACAUCAGAAAGACAGCAACUGAAGAAAGACUUAGCCAUGGAUCAUGAAGCAUCAGUGCCUUUGACCCAAGGAGAUCAAACUGAAGAUCAGAAUGUAAAUAAUAUUUCUGUGUCAUCCUUAAAUGAUGGACUUAAUUCCACAUCUUUAGUGAAAACCUCAGCCAUACCAUUCACUGUAAGUGAAGAAAUUGGCUGUAGAAAAGUGGAAUUUGGGAAUCAUUCUCAGCCUCUGCAGAGUCCGCUGUCUGAGGUUCACCAAGACCUGUCCACAAAAUGUGAAGCUAGUGAACAGCCAUUAUCUUGUGAUGAGUCUGUUUCCAUUAAUAAGGAAAAGAUUGAUUCUCAUGAGGGGGUAUAUCCAGGUGCCAGUUGUGUGAAAAGAGAAAUUAAUGUUGGUGAAGCAUUUACUGAGAAGAUGGAUUCUGAAAUGGCUGUAGUAUCAUCCAAUGAUUCAAGCAUUGUGCCAGGUUCCAAAAGCAACAUUGAAAUUACUCCAGAUACCAAGGUAGAUGCUAAAGUAGUUUAUGAAGUACCAUCAACCAGUUCACAUGCAGAUCACAUGACGCAACAAAGUUCCAAUAUUAAUGUGUCAUCAAUAGGAGAUAUUGUGACAAGGAGAGGAGAUAAAAUUCCGGUGUACGGCCGUGAAGGCCAGCUUAUAGGAUACAAAAAAUCCAAUAAAUCCACGUUUGAACAUCUAGAACGCAGAAGGCUUCACCUUCUUCAAAAACCCACUUUUGAGGAAGUUUUGAAUGAGGCCCAAAGACAGAUCCAGGCUGAGAAUGAAAUGUCAGUUGGCUCCAAAUUUGAGGAAAUCAACUGUUCCAGUAAAACUCAACAACCUGUAUUUGCAGAUAAGGAUACUAAUAAUCCAAGUGCUGGAAGCACAAAUGAUAGACAAAAAGAAAAUUUAGAUACUGAAAAUAGCCUUGAGAGAAUGGAACACAAGAAAAAGUGCAUUUCAAAUAGUAUAUCUAGUGAGAGAAAUGUGUUUGACAUAAUGUCGGUGAAAGAAGAAAUACCAAAGGUUGGUACUUCAUGCACAUCUGAGAGUCAAGCAAGUCAAUUUACAGAGGAAUUCAUCCAUGAAAAACAGGACACAGAAAAGAACGAAACAGAGAUUCAAUUUACAGAGGAAUUCAUCCGUGAAAAACAGGACAAAGAGAAGAACGAAACAGAGAUUCAAUUUACAGAGGAAUUCAUCCGUGAAAAACAGGACAAAGAGAAGAACGAAACAGAGAUUCAAUUUACAGAGGAAUUCAUCCGUGAAAAACAGGACAAAGAGAAGAACGAAACAGAGAUUCAAUUUACAGAGGAAUUCAUCCGUGAAAAACAGGACACAGAGAAGAACGUAAUAGAGAUUCAAUUUACAGAGGAAUUCAUCCGUGAAAAACAGGACAAAGAGAAGAACGAAACAGGGAUUCAAUUUACAGAGGAAUUCAUCCGUGAAAAACAGGACACAGAGAAGAACAAAACAGAGAUUCAUGGAGAAAACUUUAUUGAAAAAACAGAAUCAGCUGAUGUGAUAAAAAGUGGGACACAAAAAACUUUUAGGAGAAAGUCAUCUGAAAGUGACAAAGAUAGAAAUAUCUUUUCAGCAUUAGAGUCUUCAUUGAAUUCUAGUAUAGGACAAGAGCCGUCAGUUACUGAUUUGGCAUCUGAACAAAAAAACCAAAUUCCUGAUACAAGGACUGAAAAAGAAAAGAAUGAUCUCUUUAAAGGGUUAGGAUUAGCUCGUACCCCAGAGGCAAAGAAGACCAAAGCAGAGUUGAAGAAAACUCCCAUCAAAAGUUACCCAUUGCGACGCAGGAGUGCACAAAGUGGAACUGUAACAGAUGAGAAGGGAAGUGAUUUACCUUUGCAUGAUCAAAUUGCACAGAAAAUUAAAGCUGAAAGUUUAGCUAAGAGCAGUCCAGGAGAUAAAGGUCCAUUUAAAUGUCCUGUAUGUAAAAGACUUUAUCGCACAGAGGAGAGUUUCGAUACUCAUGUGAAGACCUGUGACUUUGAGGUCAGUACUAGUGAUGAGGAGGAGAGCGAGAAUGAAGGAGGGACAAGGAAAUAUUCUAUGCGACAGACAACGGUCAUUAAAAAGGUUGUGAUGGAGAUUGAGCAAAAGGAAAGGGAAUCUGAAAGUGCUGCGAGGAAAGAAAGGUUUUCUGGAGGAAAAUCAUUUUACAAAAAACCCAAAUUGGUUCUGCGCAAAUUGUCACCGUGGAAGUUUGAGGAGAGAAUUUCGAAACUGUCUCCAAGAAAACGAGGUAGACCCCCAAAAUUGGAAAAAGAAGAAAAGUUCGAAAUAUUUGAUUUGAAGGGCCAGAAACGCUUGCUAUCUUCAGAUGAUGAGAUAGGUGGAAAUAGAAAUGAAAGAAAAAGACGACCUUCAAGGAAUUCUACAGGAAGUGUUGCAAUGUCGGUCAAACACAUCAGGAGUCCAAUGUCUUCAAUGUUUGAGGAAGAUCUAACAAUGAAGAAAGAUGAUGCAUCAACUAAAAGAGGAAGAGGCAGAUUCAAAAAAUCAUUGGUUCUACCCAGUGAGGAGGAAGAAACAAAAGAAAAAAGUGAAGAGAAUGUUUCAGACAAAAUUGUGUCUCCAAAGAGAGGAAGAGGAAGACCAAGAAAAAAUUGUAUACUAGCUGAUAAAGAAAUAAAGGAUGAGGUUGUAUCUGAUGAAGCAAACACUAAAGAAGUUUCUACACCUGAAAAUUCUCCUGCACUUGCAAAAGGAAGAGGAAGACGAAAAAGAGAUUCUAAUGAUCCUGAAUGUAACAAAUUAGCAGAACUUUCUGCAGGGGAUGCAAGUCGAGUACGGAAUACAAGAUAUUCUUCAGGGAAUCGUGUUUGCAACAACAAUGAAAUUGUCCCUCCAAAAAUUCAAAAACGUUGUCAAGAUAGAGCUGCAAGCAAGAGUUCUGUAGGUGAAUCUCCAAAGACAUUGGGUAAAAAAUGUAUGGAUGGUUCCUCAGACAAAAGAAUUGAACCAAGAAUAUCAAGAAAAGAUUCAGUACAACAUAUUCAGAACAACAGAAGGCCAGUUCGUAAGAAAAAGAGAGUCAAUUUGGAGUAUCCAGGAUUGUGUUCGCUUGCUCCCAAAAGAAAUGCCAUUUUAUCGAAAAAACUGCAUUCUCUUAAAGACAACAGGAUCAAAACACGAAAAUUUAAACAAGCAUUGUUUGUGCAAAGACAAAACUUGGUUAAAACUACUGAUGCAAAUGGAAUAAAAAGAGGAAGAGGUCGGCCACCAAAACAUGUGGCACAGCUGAAAAACAAAACUGAAGGUGUUCAUUCUAAGGAAAAGAAAAGUGAAAGAAUGAAAAAUGAUAAUCAAAUUGUUGCAGAACUAAAGAGGAAGCCUGGAUCUAUACAUUCUAAGGAUAAGAAAAAUGAAAGAUUAAAAAGUGAUCAACUAAUUGAAGAUCAGCAGAAGAGUGAAAAUUCCAGUAAUGAAAACAUAGACUUUGAUGAAAAUAAGGAAAUUAAAGCAACAGAUUCAGAAGAAAAAGUGAAAGAAAAUGCUGAAAACUCAGAAGAAAAUAAAGUGAAGGGAAAUGGAGAUAAGAGUAAUGACUCCAGGGAAAAGUCAGAAAGCAAAAGGAGGAAGCAAAAGAAUAAAUCUGAAAUUAAGAACACGAUUCUUAAUGUGAUUCAGCAUUCUAAUACCGCAUCCUUAUUAAAGUGUCCAGUCCAAAAAGUGCAACCUAAAUCAGAAUCUGAAGUAAUUACUAUAAUUGAUGAUGAGGAAAAUGAUGUCAUCUUCUGUGAAAAGACUGGAGAUUUUAAGUCCAGACGUAACAAAAAUCAGUGUGCUAGAAGCUGUGAAACCCAGUGUGACUUUGACUGUGAUCUAUCACCACCUCAAAAAAGUGACACCAUAGAUAUGACAAAAUCUAGUAGUUCUCAGAGUGAAAGUCCUCCAAAAGUCACUACUGUGGGUGAAAGAAGCUCUCAGUUUUCAAACCCUAAUCCUUCAGUUCCAUCUUUAACCAAAGUGGGAAAAGUUGCUGAGACACCAAACAAGGAUGUACCAGUCACAUUUAAUGAAUCGACAACAAAAGAACUGAUGAAUGAACCAAAGGAUAUUACAUCAACAGAGACCUUUGUAGAUGAAAUUAUGAAUAACCCUGCAAUACAGCAACUAACACCUGUUCAACUUUUAGAACUCCAAAACAAAGUCACUGAGGAAAAAGUGGAUCUUUCUUCUACAGCAAAAGUAGAUACAGAUGCCACAAUCAAAAGUAUAAAGGAAUUCCUCAGAAAGAAAAUAGAGGAAGGCACAAACAAGACAAUAUAUGUGACAGACACUGGGAAUGGAAAAGGUCAAGGCCAGGGUUCAUCAGAACAAAAGAGUUCCACUGAGCCUCUCUCUGUGAUGAAAAUAAAUCUGCCUUCAAGUGUUACUCCUCAAGACAUACAGAAAAUCAUUGAAGCUCACAAGAGAGCCACUGGAAGCCUGGGCAAAUCAGAAAGCAGUAUAGGCAUCACACCCAUUUCUAGAUCAUCACCCUUACAGUCUUUGAUGAGCCAGUCCACAACACCCAUUUUAAGUUCCACAUCAACUUUCCCACAGUUCUGUCAAGCACAACUGCAACAAAGUAAUCCAACAGUUCAAACUGACUUGGUCUCUCCCUCUCAAAACCCUCUAACACCACAAACCUUAAGGAUUUCAUCUCAAUUAACUGCAACAAAUGCUCUUCUUGCAGCAGCAAAUGCUAUCUCAUCAUCUUCAAAUCCUAUGCUCCCUUCACCAUCUCCUGUGCUGCAGCCCCCAAAUGCCAUUAUGCCAUCUUCAAACACAGUUAUAUCACAAUCUCCACAGAAUCUACCAGCUCUAAAUACUUUACUCAAUUCUCAUCCAACUGCUAUUCCACAAACAGUUAUUCCAUCUCAGAGCGCCAUUUUACCAGUAAGGCAGCAAUUUCCUAUGAUAUCUCCAAGUGCCAUAUUUCCUUCACAACAAACUCCUUUAGUCUCUGGUGGUAUUCAAGAACCAGUGUAUUCUGUCAGCAACAGCACCCCUAGAUACCAAGCCAUAUCUCCAGCAAUCAUGACUGUACCAGAGCCCCAGAAAACAUACCUCCUGCCUCCAAAUCAGAACCUGAUAACAGUGCCUCAAAGUCAGAAUAUCUUGCCUGUUGCACAAAAUCCAAACAUUUCUCCACAGAUUGACAGUUAUAUGCUAUCACUAAUCAAUAAUUCUGCACUCCGUGUCAGCCAAGGUUUACUGAACACAGAUGUCUCUCAAGUGAUGAACAAUACGCAGUAUGUGCAGAGUGUUCCACAAGUGCAAAGCAUUUCUUCACUUCAGAAUGUUCCACAAGUUAUUCAAAACAUGGGUCUUCAGACUGAUACUCAACAGUUUGUGCAAAAUCAAUCCCUGACUCAAACUCAAGGACCUGCAAUCAAAUCUUUACCAAUCAGAGAUCAGACACAGCCAUUUAUCAAUCAAAAUACUUCCCUAGUGGCAAGUAAUGCAAUGCCAUAUCCUACUCCUCCACCAGCAAACCCAACAAUUGUGCGAGUGUUUGUUGAUGGAAAACCUAUUGCUAUGACAACAGAUGCAUCUGUUCUAAGUGAUCCCACUGCAUUUUUGGCAAAAUUGGAUCCAACAGCUCUUCAGAAAGGGAGGUACAAUAUGUCAGUUACUUCUCACCGUGUCACCUCAACUACAACCCUUACAGUAAGUACCAAGGGAAAUAACGCCACUUACAGAGCCCAUUGUUCUCCAACAACAGCAAAUAAGGUGCUGAGUGCUCUCCUCAAGAAUCGGGCAAAUGUGGAAAGUGAAACAAUGCUGACUACCUCCUUGCUAACAAAGAGUCCUAGAGGCAGACCAGCAAAGUCUGCAACAUCAUCCCAGAAAAAGACAAUCUUCAGAAAACUCACAAAAGUACCCACUUCCAUGAACACUGCCACUUCAUCAACUGUGACUGUUUCUUCUAGCCCGCCUGUUUCUGCCUCCUCAAUGGCAAUUAAGGCAGCCCCACACACCCGACUUCCACCAGCCAUGGCACAAAACAGAAGCCUUUUACCAGCAUCAGUAGGUGAACCACAAGCAGAGAGCUUACAAUCACGAGAGAAGUCUAUGGCUUUGGACAAAUUUGUUGGUGCUUCAGAAACUGUUGAUAAACCCUACAUUGUGCGCAAACCAGAUGGAACAGUAGUGAAAAGGGUAAUCAAAUCUGCAUCUAAAUAUGAACAGGAGAAGAACUUUGCUAUCCAACCAAAAGUCAUGAGGGCCAUAAUGAAAAAGCUUGGAGGUGACAAGCCUGUUCCAAUUCUUGGGAAGCAUUAUGAAAUGUUGUCUGUUCGAGUGAAGAGCAAGGCAGCAGUCAAAGUUAAAGAGAAGAGAAAGCAGCAUAGGAAGAGUCCUCAGAAAGUCAGACUAGGACUUCCACAAGCUUCAGGGACACUGAGCCACCCUAUUAUACACCCCCACAAGGAACUGAUGACCCUCCCCCAGCCAGCCAUGGAGGAGGAAGUGGAGGAAACCCCACUCAGUCAGUUCCAACAGGAGCAGAGGGAGAAGCAGUUAGGCAGGUACAAAAAGGAUGGACCCAAAUUCCAGUUUCAAAUCACCAGUGAUGAUGGAUUUUCCUGUAAAGGAGACUCAAUGUCAGAUGUUUGGCAGCAGGUUGUAGAGAAAGUUCAAGAUGUACGAUCCUCUGCCAGAAUGAAGAACCUGUCAUUUACUAAUUUGGAUCCUGCAAGGUUGUUUGGAGUUAGUUACAAUCCAGUUGUCUAUCUGUUGGAGCAGUUGUUUGGGGCACAGAACUGUCGCCAUUACAAUUUCAGAUACCAUCAGUAUGAUAUAGCUGAUUUAGAAGAGGAACCAGCGGAAAACCCUUCAGGGUGUAUCAGAUCGGAGCCUUACGAAACUCGGAAACCAUUUGACAUCUUUAGCUUUCUCAUGUCUCAGUAUCGACACAUGCCUGGUACCAAUGACAGCAAGAGUGAUGUUGAGAUGGUUCACAAAUCUGCCAGGCGCGCCACCAGCAUGGAUCUGCCUAUGGCCAUGAGGUUUAGAAAGUUGAAGGAACAUGCCAGAGAAGCUGUUGGAGUUUACAGAUCUUCCAUACAUGGUAGAGGGCUGUUCUGCAAGAGAAAUAUCGAUGAGGGUGAAAUGGUGAUAGAAUACUCAGGGGAGGUCAUCAGAGCUUCCUUGACAGACAAGAGGGAGAAAUACUAUGAAGGAAAGGGAAUUGGCUGCUACAUGUUCAGGAUAGAUGAUUAUGAUGUCAUAGACGCCACAUUGCAUGGAAGUGCAGCUCGAUUCAUAAACCACUCUUGUGAGCCAAACUGCUAUUCCAAAGUGAUCAAUGUUGAUGGCAAGAAACAUAUUGUGAUAUUUGCAAUGACAUCGAUUAAGCGGGGUGAAGAACUGACCUAUGACUACAAAUUUCCAAUUGAAGAGGUGAAAAUUCCUUGUACAUGUGGUGCUAAAAAGUGCCGCAAGUAUCUCAACUGACAGCUGUGAUAUUAACCUUUAACAAUUCCAAGUGAUCAAAAUGUUUUUCUAUACCGUGAUUGAAGGACUGUUCAAUUUCCAGUUUGCAACUACCGGUGAUAUGAGAAUUCCAACUGUGUGAUUUGUCACACACAUACACUUUCUAGUGUUACUGUUGCUAGGAAGUGUGAAAAAAAAUCCCACACCAAAUCUGGACUUUUCUUGAGAUUGGCCUCUGGACUGGACUUUUCUUGAGAAUGGCCUCUGUAACUGGACUGGACUUUUCUUGAGAAUGGCCUCUGUGACUGGACUGGACUUUUCUUGAGAAUGGCCUCUGUGACUGGAUUUGGGGUUAUUGUGUACAGCAGUACAUGUAUUGAAUGUACUGUGUUUCAAUACUGAACCUUUAUUUUAUCAUAUGAAAUUUGUUUUAGGAAAAUUAACUUUGAAAUGAAUGUUAUGCACAUGUAUUAUUACUCACAUUUCUCUGAUGAAUUUUUUUAUGCACUGACUUCAUUUGACACCUUCCAAGAUUGACUUUUUUUUGGCUGUGGUGUGAAUUAACAUGUACUACAUUGUAUAUGAUUGAACAUAUGUGAUAAGUUUUAUAGAUCAUGUUAUUGAAUGAUUACCUUAAAUAGAUUUAAAGCUACGAAAUAACCCAGUCCAAACUUAUUAUAGGAUUCAUUUUUCCACAUUAUUUAUUGUUUUUCAUUUCUGGUUUAUAUUAAUGCAAUACCAGAUGUGUUCAGAUGAUGAUGAUGAUUAAACAACACCGUGUUAUUUUUUGUACUAGAUGUUUUGUACAUAUAUGUAUAUAGGUGUAAUGCAGGUGUGUUUUACUGUAUUUUCUGCUUUAUUUGAUAACCGUAAUUAUUGUAAAUAUUUUGUUGUGAAGAAGAGUUUUUGAUGAACAGUAAUAAUAUUUGAAAUAGAGAUAAAAUGGCAGAGUAAAUUAUUACACAAAUGUU